GAACAUGUACACUGAUCAUCAGUGUGGCCCCAGAAGUGCCACCUGUCAGUGUCCAUCAGUGCCCAUCAGUGCCACGUGCCAGUGCCCAUCAGUGCCACAUAUCAGUGCCCAUCUGAGCUGCCUUUCAGUGCCACCUAUCAGUGCUGCCAAUCAGUGCCAGUCAGUGCCAUGUAUCAGUGCUGCCUUUAAGUUCCCAUCAGUGAUGCCUGUCAAUGCCCAUUAGUGCAACCUACCAGUGCCUCCUCAUCAGUGCCACCUAUCAGUGUCCAUCAGUGCAGCCUAUCAGUGCCCAUCACUGCAGCCUCAUUAGCGCACAUCAGUGAAGGAGAAAAUCACUUAUUUACAAAAUUGUAUAA